AUGGACAUAUUGUCACUAUUAAAGAAAUUAAAACUCUUGCGCCCCAGGAAAGACAUUUAUCGAUCUAGAAUUGGCCUAUGGCGUGGUGAUAUAACGCGACUUGGGUUUGAUGCCAUUGUAAAUGCUGCAAACAGAAGUUUACUUGGAGGUGGAGGAGUAGAUGGGGCGAUACAUGCGGCCGCAGGAAAAGAGUUGCUAAAGGAAUGUAAAGGUCUUAAUGGUUGUGAAACUGGUGGAGCUAAAAUUACAAAAGGGUAUAAACUGCCUUCUAAACAUGUUAUCCACACUGUGGGCCCAAUUGGUGAAGAUUCGGAACUUUUAUCCAGCUGUUAUGAGAAUUCUCUGAGUCUGGUUCGAAAGCACAAAUUGAGAAGCAUUGCAUUUCCAUGCAUAUCCACGGGUAUCUAUGGAUAUCCGAAUGAAUCUGCCGCUCAUGUUGCUCUGGAAACUACCAAAAACUGGUUGAAAAAAAAUUACAAAAAUGUUGAUAUUGUGUUGUUUUGUUUGUUCAUGCAAAAAGAUGUCGAAAUCUACAACCGUCUGGUUGAAGAAUAUUUCCCUCCUGGAGGAGUCUCUGAUUCCCAGCCCCCAGAGCAAACACUUACAUCUCAAUCAGAAAAAAUGGAUGAGGAUGUAGAAAAACCCCAAUUUGUCCCACAAGAUGUAAAAGUUGGUUCUGAUAUGAAGAUGGUCAAAAAUAAUGUUCCUCCUGCAGUUGAGGAAAAUUUCCCACCUGAAGGAGUCUCGGACUCACACCCCCAAGGGCAAACACUUGAAUCUCAAUCAGAAAAAAUGGAUGAAGAUGUUGACAAACCGCAAUCUGUUCCAGAAAAUAUGGAAGUUGGUGCUGAUACUCAAACGGUUAAAGAUGAUGUUCCUCCUGUCAUGAGUUCAUCCUUAACAGGAGAUUUUUCAGAACUCCAUGCUUCUAACAGGACGAAAAGGCGAUCAAGUGACCCUGACAAUACUGGCAACAGCCCAUCUGAUAAACCUGCUAAUAUUGAAAGCAAUGAAUCUGUAAAAGCUUUAAAUAAAGACUCCAUGCCAGAAGCAAUUGAUAAGGAUUGUGAAGACUUUAGUAUGCCAACCGAGAAAAAAAAUAAGCAAAGUUCCGCCACUGAUAACCAGCACACAAAAGAUUCUGUGCUUGAACAGGUGGCUGAUGUUGUUGAGCAACCAAAAAAGAAUCUCGAAACUAAAACUACCGAAGGAGAUAAUAAAGAAACUCAACAAGAGACUGUUCUUUCUGAUGAAAAUCGUAUGGAGUGGAUAGAGAAGUUUAGAAGUAUGGAGAUGGAAUCUGGUCAAGUUAUAACAAAAGACACAGAAUCAUGGGCAAUAGGUGGUGGAAAUUAUUCUGAAUUGAAAAGAGUGGGUGGCUUGGAUAUAUCAUAUCACAUAACCAGAAAUAACAUAGCAUGUGUUACAUUAGUGGUCUUGUCGUUCCCGGAUUUAGAGGUCAUAUAUGAAGACACCACUGAGGAAUAUAUUGAUGUGCCAUACAUUUCUGGAUAUCUUGCCUAUAGAGAAGCACAGUAUUUUAAAGGGAAGUUGGAGAAAGUUGCAAAAACUGAUUUCAUGCCUCAAAUUGUUAUUGUGGAUGGCAAUGGUUUGCUGCACUGGCGUAGAUAUGGUAGUGCUGUUAAAUUUGGUAUAGACUGCAACAUUCCAAGUAUCGGGCUCGCAAAAAAUUUGCUAGUCAUGCCAGAACUAGGGAUUGAGAGAGAUGAUGAUCAUAGUGCAAAGAUCAAAGAAAUGGAAAGCAAAGGCAGUGCAUUUAAUAUUGCUACUAAAAAUGGUGAAAUACUCGGUAAGGCAUUGAGAACAUCAGAUGAAAGCCGAAAACCUGUUUAUGUGUCUAUAGGUCAUCGAUGCACCCUUGAUACUGCUGUGAAUGUUGUACUUGCAUGUUGUAAGCACAGAUUGCCAGAACCUAUACGACAGGCUGACCAACUGUCAAGGAAGAGUUUAAUGAGAAAAUAUAAAGAAGAAUAUGAAUCUUAUCAUAAAAGGAAACAGGAUUGUUCUAAGUCUGUGUGACCAUAAAUGAUUGAAUACCUUAUAAUUAUGCAGUUUCAAUUUUAUGAUUUCCCAUUUUAUAACCAUACUACUCCAAAAUUUUCGAUGCAAGGCAAAUAUGCUCUCGAUGACAGAGUAUUGUGGAACAUAAACACUGUUUUAGAAUAAAUUUCAUUUUUUCAACAAAUACAUUUUUUUUUAAUUUGCCGCAAAAUUUUAGAUAAUUUUAACCAGUGAUUUAAAAUAUUUAUUCUAUUGAAAUUAAUGUGAAUUUGUAAACAAUUAAUGACUCUAUAUUCCCAACUUUAUUCAAAAUAUGUAUAAACAAAGUAAGCAAAUUACCGUACUUUGGUUUGGCAUUCAGUCAUCGGCCAACUAUCAACGUUUCAAUUUAUUACUACCAUUUUCCUACUACCAAAAUGGAAUCCAUUCCAAUUUAUCUUUUUGAUCAUAUAAUCCUGCAUCCUGUGGAAGUUUGUUAUUUUAUGAUCUUAACCUAAAUUGGCACUUAAACAGAGUGACAAUCAGUGGUUUCCAUAAUUAAAUUACUAAUAUGCAACAAACAUCUUUAAAGAGAAAUCUGCAUUAAAUGGGCAGAUAAUAAUUUAUUUUGAAAACUCCAUAAAUCGGGAGUUGUCGAACUAUUUUUUUUUUGCGGCCCUCGAACGGCCCGACCUUUAAUGCAUAAAACAAAAUUUAAUCCUAAAAUUA